CGCGCGCUGGGGGCCGCUUUUCUCCGAAGACUCCCCUGCGAGCGGGAGCGACACAGCCCUCGGCGCCGCGGGGACCGGAGGCCCCGGGGUCCCCCGCGGGUCUCGCGGCUGCCGGGCCCGAGCGCGUGUCUGCGCGCGGCCGGGACGGCCUCCGCCCGGGGAGUCGGCUCCGCGUGGGGCGUUGGUGCGCCGCUGCCCGCGGCGCCGGGGCUGGCGGAGGAGCGCGGGCUCGAGCCCGCGCGUCCUCUGGGCACCAGGAACCCCAGCCUGCGAGCGCGGUGACCCGGCGGGGGCAGAAGCCAGAAGACCAGGCGUAGGGAGUGCGCGGGUUUGAGCCCCUCCCUCCCCCCACCUCCCCUUCGCGCUUCCCUCCUCCGCCGCCGCCCACCUGGCCGCCCCCGGCUGCGGCUGCGGCACCGGGCUCGCUCCCAGGCCUCGCAGUCGCAGCCCGCGGCUGUCUGCGGAGCUUUCCGGGUGUCGCCCUCCCCCUUCCCCCCCGCCGCGCCCUCCCUCCCCGGUGCCCGACGUGCUCGUUCCCUGCCACUUGGGUCCGGGCGCGCCGGUGGGUUUGGCCUGCGCGGCGGCGGCGGCGGCGGCGGCGAGGCGGGGGAGCGAGUGAGCGCGAGGGGCGGGAGCCAGUGUCUGUGUGAGUCACCGGUACCUGGAGUGCGAGCGACGCAGAGCGAGCGGCGCGGAGCCCGAGCCGGAGCCGAGCCCGGGCCAGCGAGCGCGGCCGCCCUCCCACCCGCCCCAACCCCGGCGCCAGGCCCCGCCGCGCACCCACCCGCGCCCCGCCGCCCUUCCCGCGCGCCGCGCGGCCGGCUCGCCAGGGGUCCGGCGCCGACUCCCGACCCCGGCGCCCGGCCGCCCGCAGCCCUCCCGCCUGCCCGGAGGCGGUGCGGGGUUCGCCGGGGGAUGUCACAGCGGCUCCUCGGAGCCCCCAGCCGCUGCCGCACAGCCGCCGCCCCUGGGAACCGCGACGAUGAACCCCCAGUGCGCCCGCUGCGGAAAAGUCGUGUAUCCCACGGAGAAAGUCAACUGCCUGGAUAAGUAUUGGCAUAAAGGAUGUUUCCAUUGUGAGGUCUGUAAGAUGGCUCUCAACAUGAACAACUACAAAGGCUAUGAAAAGAAGCCCUAUUGUAAUGCAUGUGGAGGAUCAGAGUGCAGAGAAGAGAAUAACUCGACUCGAAGUCACACAGCUUAUAUCAGUAGUAUUGAGACAGAAUCUGGCUUGAGAACUUGUGUCCUUCGCCACUGCCCUGUGUACCGCCUCCCGCUAAUUUCCUUUUGUUAAAAAUAGUACCUGCUUCUCUUACCGUGAAGCUGUGACUUGUCCUGGGGCGGAUGAUGUGAGGACUAGAGCCGUACAAACAGACUGAAGGUGUCAUGGAAAAAAAGCUGGCGAGAGAAUGAAGGCCUCCUACCUCAUUUCAUAUAAAAAUAUUUUUUAUUUUUUUGAAAUUUAUUAAAAAAUUUUUUUAGGAAUAUAAUUUAUUGUCACAUUGGCUUCCAUACAGCACCCAGUGCUCGUCCCAACAAGUGCCCUCCUCAAUGUGCAUCACCCAUUUUCCCCACCCCCUCAUCCCCCCUCACUUUGUUCUCUGUAUUUAAGAGUCUCUUAUGGUUUGCCUCCCUCCCUCUCUGUAACUAUUUUUUUCCCCCUUCCCUUCUCCCCCGUGGUCUUCUGUUCAGUUUCUCAAGAUCCACAUAUGAGUGAAAACAUAUGAUAUCUGUCCUUCUCUGAGUGACUUAUUUCACUCAGCAUAAUACCUUCCAGUUCCAUCCACGUUGUUCCAAAGGCCAGAUUUCAUUUUUUCUCUCUGCCAAGUAGUAUUCCCUUGUAUAUAUAAGCCACAUCUUCUUUAUCCAUUCAUCAGUUGAUGUGCAUUUAGGCUCUUUCCAUAAUUUGCCUGUUGUUGAAAGGGCUGCUAUCAUAUAAAAAAUAUUAACUCGAAAUGGAUCAAAGACUUAAAUGUAAGAGCUAAAGUUAUAAGACUGUUAGAAGAAAACAGAUAUAAAUCUUUGUGACCUUGGAUUAGAUGGUAGCAUAAUUGAUGAGACCAAAAGCCCUAAGCAAUAGCCACAACACAAUAAAUCGGACUCUGUCAAAAUUUGUGCUUUUAUUUUUUUUUAAGUUUAUUUAUUUUGGGGGAGCAAGAGAGAGCACAAACAGGGGAGGGGCAGAGACAGAGGGAGAGAGAGGGAAUCCCAAGCAGGUUCUGUAUUGGCAACGCAGAGCCUGACGCGGGGCUCAAACUCAUGAAUCGUGAGAUCAUGACCUGAGCUGAAAUCAAGAGUCAGAUGCUUAACUGACUGAUCCACUCAGGCAUCCCCCCAAUUUGUGUUUUAAAGGGCAUUCUCAAGAAAGCGAGAAGAAAACUCCAAGAAUGUGAGGAAAUAUUUGUAAAUCAUAUAUCUGAAAAAACUGGACAUAAAGAACUGUUAUAAUUCAAUAAUAAAAAGGUUAGCCAAUUAAAAAUGAAAAGACUUGAAUAGACAUUUCUCCAAGGCAGAUAUAUAAUGGCUCAAUAAGCAUAUGAAAAGAGGCUUUGUCUUUAAGGAAAUACACAUCGAAACCACCAUGAAAUGCCACUCUACACCCACUGGCGUGUACAAAGUCAGAAAUGUGGACAAUAGCAAGUGUUGGUGAGGAUGUGGAGAAAUCAGAACACUCAUACAUUCUGGUGGGAAUGAAAAGUGUGCAGCUUCUUUGGAAAACAGUUUGGCAGUUCCUUAUGAAGUUAAACAUAGAAUUACCGUACGACCCAGCAAUUCUGCUGAUGGGCAUAUACCCAAGAGAAUUGAAAACAUAAGACUGCACAAAAAAACUCGUACAUGAAUGUUCGUAGCAACGUUAUUCACAACAGCCAAAAAGUGGAAACAGCCCAUCAAAAAAGUGCAUCCAUUAAAAAGUGGAAAUGUCCACCAACUGAUGAAUUAAUAAACAAAAUGGCGUGUAUCUAUACGAUAGAACAUCAUUUAGUCCGAAAAAGGAAUGAAAUACUAAAACACGACGUAACAUGAGAAACCUUGAAAACAAGCUAAAUGAAAGAAACCAGACACCAAAGGUGACAUACUGUGAUUGCAUUUAUAUGAAAUCUCCAGGACAGGCAAAUCCAUAGAGACAGGUUAGGCUCAGGGAAGAGGGGAGAAUGGAGAGUGACUGCUGAUGACAACAGGGUUUCUUUUUGGGGUGAUGAAGCAUUCUGGAAUUAUAUAGUGGGGAUGGUUGUACAACUUUGAGAUUAUACUAAAAAACCCUGAAUUGCAUACUUUAAAAAGGUGGAUUUUAUGGUAUCAGAAUUCCCUUCCUAUAUAAACAUACAUACUUACUAAAAAAACACAAACGAAAAAGAAAGCUGUAUCUGUUCUUCUGAAAAAGCAGAAAACAAAGUUAAUUGACCAUUCAAAAAAAUGCAACGGCUGGAAAUGUUACCAACUUCAUUUUGAGGACCAGAACUAAGAGAAACUGGGAUCCAGAUCCUCAUCAAAUGAGCUUCCCUUUUUUCUUUUUUGCCCUCUCUUUUUCUUCUCUCCCUCUCUCAAACUCAGCAGUUAGAAGAAAUGAGUAGUUCAGGGGGGAGAAAAAAACGACGGUGCUUCUGUUUCAAUCUUGAGGUCAGCGUUCAGUGUUAUGACCUGUGAAACACUCCAGAGGUUCCAAAUGUAUUACAAAACAACAUUUCGCAAUGUUGACCCUCUCCACACUGCCUUUAUUAAUUUUGUGCUGUGCUGUGCUUUUUUUCUGGCUGGGUUUUUUUUUUUUUAAUUUGGUUUUGCUACUUCUGCUUAUUUAUUUAUUUUGACAGAGAGAAUCCUCAUAGUGAGUAAAGUAUAGUCCCCUGAGACCUUGGAUGCAGCACACUGUCAUGAUCUCUAGUCUGAUAGUGGGCUCUUAGCACACCGUCCAUUUUAAUCCCAGCAUGUCCUUUUUUU